AUGCUCCUUGACCCUAACACACAGGGGACGUCCCAUUUCUUCUAUAUAAUCGUCGGACUUGUCGCCCCGCAGGAUGCCGAUGUUCGCGCUCGUGCCCUUUGCAAGAUGAAGGAGAACCCUCAAACCACGCUAAAGGGCCUUGCUGCCGAAGCUUGCACUUUCUCGACAUUCGUCAGAAUGCCGCACUCUUCGAAUCCUCAAGUCUACCGCAUGUCAACAUCGUGGAUUCGCGAAACAGUCGAAAUCGUGAGCCACCGUCACCUUGUUUUCGAUGCGGAGCCAAUCACUGCUCUAGAGACUGCACAGUCGCGAACAAGAGAUACCACUACUACACGCUCUGGACACAAGCGAGAAUUCUGCAAAAAUUUCUCGAAGAAGAGCGGAAAUCUGCCAACACCGUCACUAUCGCUUCGACUCAUGCUGACGCCGCUGUAA